AUGGCGGCAUUUUCCGGAAUUUUGGCUGAUGAAGAACACAAUAUAGCCACCAAGAAUACUAAUGGCGUCAAAUCUGUGCUGAGCAACACCGACAUUGCCAUUGUGCAAGAAGAAGCGCGUUUGGAGAAAAGCGAGGAGCCAACAACACGCUGGAAGCGAUUUAUAAGAGCGCUCGAGGUACCGCACGAGGGAAAACCUAUUUCAGUGUUGCGAAAUCCCGACUUAGAACCCGUUGCGCGUAACGAAAGAACAUGGGGAUUUUGGUCGUUUUUCGCUUAUUGGGGGCUGCCCAAUUUUGCAGUUGCCACGUUUUCGACUGGGUCGGCUUUGCUCGCUCUGAAUCUCAACAUUCAACAGUCAAUUGGCGCCCUGGUGAUCGCCAAUGUUAUUAUCGCCGGAUUCACCAUUUUGAACUCGAAUCCGGGUAUAAAGUAUCACAUCGGCUAUACUUUGGCACAGAGAAUGAUUUUUGGCAUCUACGGUUCCUACAUUGGCAUUAUCAUUCGGGUAGGUCUAUCAGUCGUUUUUUAUGGGUACCAGGCUUGGCUCGGGGGCCUUUGUUUGAAUAUGGUCUUCGAUUCUUUCUCAAACAACUACUUGAACAUGAAGAAUACUUUUCCUGAGUCUGUGCCAAUGACAAGACGCGACUGCAUCGGAUUUAUAUGUUUCCAGCUCAUCCAGAUGCCAUUGUCUUUUGUGAGACCAAGUAGAGUCAAUAUUCCCUCAAUUAUAUCCUGUUUCCUGACGCUUUUUGCAGUGAUCGGUCUUCUGGCAUAUUUGACCAAGGUAAACGGUGGCCCAGGUCCUCUAUAUUAUGAAGAGGUAACGUUGUCAGCGGGGGAAAGAUCAUGGAUGUGGCUGUUUGCUAUCACUAUUUGGUAUAGUGGAAUCUCACCCGGUGUUGCGAAUCAAUCAGAUUUUUCCAGGUUUGCUAGUGGGCGCUUGUCCUGCUAUCUUGGCCUCUUCAUCGGAAUUGUUCUUCCUGGUACAUUCAUUUCGCUGGCCGGAAUGCUAUGUGCUUCUGCUUGCAAACAGUUGUAUGGAACAGCCUAUUGGACUCCGGAUGAAAUUAUAUCUCAAUGGCUUAAUACUGAUUAUUCUGCUAAGGCGCGUGCCGCGAGCUUUUUCAUUGGAUUGAGUUUUACUUCGUCUCAAGUAUUCUUAAACAUGACCCAGAAUGGAUACGCUUGUGGAAUGGACCUGGCGGGAAUUUUUCCUAAAUUCAUCAACGUGACGAGAGGAACCUUGUUUAUCCAGUUAUUAUCGUGGGUAGUACAACCUUGGACUUUUUUCAACACAUCUUCCUCGUUUUUGAAUGCAAUGAGCUCGAUUGGAAUUUUUACAACGCCUAUUGUGACUAUCAAUGUUAUCGAUUUCUAUUGGUUUCGCAAAUCGAAGAUUACAUUGAUAGAUUUCUUUACAUUAUCGAAAAGAGGCGCUUACUGGUUUGACUAUGGAUGUAACUGGCGAGCACUUGUUUCUCUUAUUGUUGGAAUUGUUCUGGGUAUUCCCGGUCUAGUUUACCAGGCUCAAGAGACUUUGAAGCCAAAUAUGGCCAUGCUAAAUUAUUUCUAUGGCUACAUGUUUUUCAUUCCCUUAGUAACGGGAUUCCUCUAUCUGGGUCUUAACUUGAUUUCUCCUCUGAAACAUGAAAAACUGGGGCAGGUUGAUCCUAUAGACUUCUUUGAUUGCUUUACGUCGAAAGAAUUGUCAGCGUUGAGCAUGUUACCGUUCCAGGACAAUAUUGGUGAUGUUUAUCAAUACCUUGACGCUCAAGAACAGGAUUCGGAGCAGGAGUACCCCAUUCAAGAAGUGGCUAUUUGGCAGGAAAAAAGCUGA